AUGGAUCGUCAGGAUCUCGCACGCCUGCUCUUUCCACCAAAUCCCAGCUUGUCCGCCAUAUCCUCAUCCUCAGCGAGACCCCGGCAGUCCUCAGGCAGUUCCCAUGGCUCCCGCUCACGCGCUCCAUCCACCUCCCAACCGCCCUCACCACUCUCCUCUAGGCAAAAGUUCCAGUCCCAUGUCAGAAAUCUGAGUGAUGACAGCCAAACUUCAAUGUUGCCCCCUCCUCCAUCACUCUCCUCUGCUACAGAUCGUCACUCUCAAUCCUCUUCCCCUUCCUACACUUCACGCCCACUCCCGAUUCCUAAGAGGAACGAUAUCACCGUACCCACAUUCAUCACCGAGGAGCGCGAAGCAUGGAGUCGGGCAUCCCCCUUUGCUAGGCGCACGAGGUCACUACGCGCUUCCGAUGACGUCUUCCUCCUUGAACCUCCCUCUCAAGAGUCGCCGAGUAUUCAACCCAGUAAACAUCUGAGAGAAUUGAGGCAAUUUAUCCCGCUUUCCAAUUCUCCCGACUUCAAUGAUAGACCGAGGACCAGCCGCGGAGACGACCCAGGGUUCGGCUCUUUUGCGUCUCACAAUGAUCCAUCCUUGCUACUUGAUCUCAAGUCUCAGACUUCGAGGUUCGCUGAGGGAAGUAUGAAUAAUCGCUCUGCCGGUGUUGCCUCGACCUGGCUUCAGAAUAGCACCGCCUUUACCUCCUCGGAAGAAGACACCGACCACGAAUUCACCCCAAAACAGUCUCCCCAGCGCUCCUCCCUCGAUAUCAACGAGUUCAAACCCGACCCGGUCACCCCAGCCACCUUGAAACAGAGGCUCGCCAGAUUUGGCUCUGCUUUCAAGCCUCACCACAACCAAUCAUUUACGAGUGCCGCCUCUGGGCCCGCACCAGAAGAGCACAAGAAGAGAAGAGGCCUCCGCAAGAGUCUCUCCAUGUGGAGUCUUUCCACCAAAGGGGGCAAGGUCAAGUCUGUACAUGAUUCAGCUACCAAGAAGGAUUCAUCUGCCAUUCUAGAUCUACAUGUCCUCGAUGAGCGCAAGAGAAGGGCUGAAGAGGCCUACGCCCAACAAUUCUCCUCCAAGAGGAGAAAGUCUCCAUCUGGGCUCCCCGAAGCCGUCUCUGAUCAAGAGUAUCUUGACAUUCCUAAUAUCCCAGCGUCCACCAGACACCGAUCCUCUUCGUCGAGACGGGCAAGACGUGUCAGCGUAUCUUCGUCCUCCAUAGCGUCUGCCGACCAUGAUCAGUCGGAAUCUCAGAGUGAUCUUGAUCUUCGAAAACGUCCAUCAAGACGAGAGCUGGAAAAGGAAAACCAGCAACUCCGCGCUCUGCUCAGAGAACAAGCGUCAAAGCCUCGGGAGCUUCCAAAGCCGCCCGUUUCCCAGCCCCAGCCCCAGCCCGUUGACAGCACCCCGCUUGAAACAUGUUCAGGCUCGGUCUGUAACACGGCGCGUGAUAUUACCAACUCGAAAAAGACUCCCAAGAAGAAGACUUCCCACGUCAGCAGCAAAGAUCCCCCGCCGGUUCCCCCAGUGCCCGAAAGAGUGGCCUUGAAGCCAUUGACCAAUGCGAGAAACCAGACUCGCCAGCUCAGCACCAGCACUUCUACCAGUAACCUUAAUGCCAACGCCAGCUCCACCACCGCGAAUGAUCCCAGCGUUAAUAUCGUCAAGAGAUAUGCUCCCAGCGUGGGUCAGUCCCGACCGGUCUCUACCAUCUUGGAGGAAGAUGAGAGCAACUCGGAAAACAGAACUCCUCUCAAAUUAAUGACUAGUGAUGACUUUUCAAAGAUGAAGCAAUUGACCCCUACUCCAAUCCGGCUGUCUGGUGUGCGAAGAGAGUCUUGGGAGUGGCCAGACGACGUCUUCUAGGCUGAUCCAGUACAUUGGAAGUAUGCGCACCAGAGCGGCCAACCUGAC